AUGGCUCACUCACACAUUAUCCAUCAUCCACUGCAGCGGUGGCCCAGUCCUUCCAGGGGUUUCUCUGCUCUGGUUCAUGCAACGGGUCUUGCGAGUUUCUUAUGGUCUUUCAAAUACAUGCACGAGAACCCAAACCAGGCGAAUGAGGCAUAUGGAUGGCACUUCCAGUACUUGACCGUCAUCGGUCUCAGCCUUUCGACGCUGACUUUCAUUGUUGCCUUACUUGCCGAUGUGACUCUCUCGCGCCGGCUGUUCUUGAUCAAGAACCUGCUGUCGGUGUGCUGUGCUCCUAUGGAAGUACUAAUUAGCGUGCUCUACUGGGGUCUCCGAGUAAUCGAUGAGCGUCUGGUGCUCCCAGACUGGGCAGUCAUUCCUUUACAUGCUGAUCUCGGUUUCCAUGCAGUCCCAUCCAUCGUGAUGUUGGUGGAUCUGCUGUUGCUUUCUCCACCUUGGACAAUUCCUGCCUUGCCCGCUUUGGGUUUGUCCAGCGUUAUCGCCUUCGCUUACUGGUUUUGGGUAGAGCAAUGUUUCUCAAACAACGGAUGGUACCCGUAUCCCAUCUUCGAACAGUUGUCCACUUCGGGACGAGUUGGCCUGUUCUCGAUGAGUGCCGUUGUGAUGGCUUCAAGCACCAUCACCUUAAAGUGGCUGCAUGGUCGUGUAAAUGGCUUUGGUAAUGGUUUGCCCCCUCAGUCUCGCCCGGGUGAUAUCAAAAAGGAGACACUUUAA